AUGACUCCUUCCGACCUCAGCACCCUCACAAUGUCGUCCUCGUCAACGUCGCGACCGGAGCGGGUUUCACAGCCGAACUCGCGGCCCGCUUCGACGACCGCCUCACGACGCACCUCCAUGCUCCCGCCCGGCAUGCCCACGUCGUCGUACAGCACCCAUCGCAGUUCCUUCAUCGCCGGGGAUGAUUACACCACGGUGCCGUUGAGGCAUCCUCGCCCUCUCACCGCCGCCGAAUUAUACCUGGAAUGCGAAAAGGAGCAAGAAGCGGUGGUCAACCGCCUCACCCGUGAACUCACGGCCCUCCGUGCGCAGACGGCCUCGGUGGCAAGCAAUGCCUCCCACUCCUCCACCUCCUCCCAAUCCAUCCUACCCGUCGACAUCUCCGACCCGAACCCGACCCAUCAGAUGACCGGCGCCACCCACCCGACCCCCUCGCGCCGCGCGCGAUCUUCCUCCUCGGUGUCCGGCCGGAGUGCCCAUGUGCCCGCCAGCGGCGCCCCCGCCCUCGCCAACAUCUCCACCGGCCUGGCCAACACGGCCGGCCAACACCACCACUCCGCCGCCAACUCCCCGGGCCUCGCCCUCUCCGGCGUCUCCCAAGCCUCCAUGGACCGCGCCAUGGCCGCCAACGGCGCCGGCGACCCGACCACAACGACGACGACGACCCUCAGCCGGCAACCCUCGAUGAGCGCCUCCGGCCGAUCGACCCCGGCCCGCGGCUCCCUCGACAACAUGCGCAACACCAACAACAACAACAACAACAGCGGCUUCCUCUCCAACCGCCCCUCCUUCUCCUCCUCAGCCACCCGCGACCAAGCCCUGUCAUCCACGACCCACAUCCCGCUCCUCCACCAGCAACACGACCCGUCGAGCCACGCCUAUCGCACGGAGAUGGAGAUCGUCAAGGCCGAGAACGACGCGCUGCGCCAACGCGUGCGGGCCCUGGAGCGCGCCCUCCGCGACCGCCGGCGGCGCGACAGCAGCCUCUCGUCCGUCGACGCGGCGGCGGCGGCGGCACGGGGCGAUCCCCCCUCUGGCAUGGGCAUCGGCAUCGGCGGCGUGGCGGGGCCCCGGGAACGCAGCGAGAGCCAGAGCACGAGCGCGAGCAGCCACAUCGCGGUCUCCUCCUCGUCGGCGCCGCACAGGCGGGAGAGUUCGCGGCGGCCCGCUGCCGCCGCUGCUGCUGUUACUGGUAUGACGACGACUGCGGCUGCGACUCCGACCGCGAAUGCGACAGCGAAUGCGACUUCGGUGGUCGGGCUCCCGGAUGAGGACUUGAAGGUCGGGGAGAGCGCGGCGAGUAGCAGCCUUCUCGGAGCGACUGCGGCGGCGGCGGGGGGAGGAGGGAGGUGA